AUGGCCGAGAUCCGUCGCAAGCUCGUCAUCGUCGGCGAUGGUGCCUGCGGUAAGACCUGUCUGCUCAUUGUUUUCUCCAAGGGCACCUUCCCCGAGGUCUACGUCCCCACCGUUUUCGAGAACUACGUCGCCGAUGUCGAGGUUGAUAACAAGCACGUUGAGCUUGCUCUUUGGGAUACUGCUGGUCAGGAAGAUUACGACCGUCUCCGUCCUUUGUCAUACCCCGAUUCACAUGUCAUCCUGAUCUGUUUCGCCGUGGACUCCCCCGAUUCUCUCGACAACGUCCAGGAGAAGUGGAUCUCCGAGGUCCUGCACUUCUGCCAGGGUCUUCCUAUCAUCCUCGUCGGUUGCAAGAAGGAUUUGCGCGAGGACCCCAAGACUAAGGACGAGCUGGCCAAGACCUCCCAGCGCCCCGUCUCAAUGGAGCAGGGUGAGGAAAUCCGCAAGAAGAUCGGCGCCUACAAGUACCUGGAGUGCUCGGCCCGCACCAACGAAGGUGUCCGUGAAGUCUUCGAAGCCGCAACCCGGGCUGCCCUUCUCAAGGCUGUCAAGGGUAAGGGUGGUAAGAAGAAGGGCUGCUUGAUUCUGUAA